AUGGGGGCUCCUGAGCCUCCCCCUGCCCAACCUCCAACCCCACCUUCCACCCCAACUCUACCAGCUAAGGAAGAAAAGUCCCCUGAAAAGAAGGAGGAAAAGAAAGAGGAGGACAAAAAAGAAGAUGAACCCAAGAAGGAAGAGCCAGCUCCAGCUCCUGCCCCAGCUGCCGCCGCUGCCCCAGCUGCCGCCCCAGCUGCUGCCCCAGCUGCCGCCCCAGCUGCUGCCCCAGCUGCCGCCCCAGCUGCUGCCCCAGCUGCUGCCACUGCCGCCCCAGCUGCCGCUCCAGCUGCUGCCCCAGCUGCUGCCACUGCCGCCCCAGCUGCCGCCGCUGCCCCAGCUGCUGACACCGCCGCCCCAGCUGCCGCCGCCGCCCCAGCCAAUCCCGAGGGGGCUGAGGGUGAAGAGGCCCCUCCUUCUCCUCCUCCACCUGUUGUCUACUUCCGUUACACCGAUGACAUGCUCAGAAAUGUGAUCAAGACGCUAAGAGAGCGAAGAGAGACGCUCAAACAGAAAGCCAUAGACCCUUACGCCACUUCGCCAGAACUCACCCCACCUGUCACACCCAUUCUGAUGAAGGACGACUACAUCAGAUUGAAGGAGGAGGAGCGAAUAGCAAAAGAAGAAGCCGAUAAAAAGAAGGCAGAAGUGGCAGCCAAAAAGGCAGAGGAGAAGAAGAAAAAGGACGAGGAGAAAAGGCUGGAGGCCGAGACGAAAGCAGAGGAGGAGAGGCUGGCGAAGGAGGCCGCGAAGAAAGCCAGGAUGCUGCCAGACAUCAACUUCUCCUACUUCGACGUCCUCUUCAGUCCAAUCGAGAAUCAGAUGGAUACCAUCCUGGGAAACACAAUUGAUCCUUUCACAGAUCGUCGGUAUAUUGCCUGGUUAGCCGUGGUGGCGGUGGCCAUCAACUACAAUUUUUGGUUUUGCACCGCUCGGUUGGCCUUCCCUUACCAUAACGAAAGAGCCAACCUCUACUGGAUACUUUUAGACAUUCUUAGUGAUGCAGUAUAUGUUAUUGACAUCUUGAUUUGGCAGCCUCGACUGCAGUUUGUCAAAGCCGGAGACAUUAUUAAAGACAGAGCGAUGUCUAAAGUACAUUAUCGGCAAUCACAGAGAUUUAAGACUGAUGUCAUCAGCGUCCUGCCGUUGGACCUUCUCUGCCUGCACUUUCAAUUCUCCUCCAUAUACCGACUCAACCGCUUCAUCAGGAUCGAGUCCUUCUUUGAGUUUAGCGAUCGACUUGAGAGCGUCAUGGCCAAGGCUUACAUCUGGAGAGUAAUUCGCACCACAGGUUACCUGCUCUAUGUUCUCCACCUCAACGCCUGUUUUUUCUAUGUUGCCUCAAUACACCAGGGUCUUGCGACGACCACAUGGGUGUAUGAUGGAAAUGGCACCGCGUACCUGCGUUGUUACUACUAUGCAGUCCGCAGUCUGAUCAACAUCGGGGGUCUUCCAGAGCCUGUUACCGUCUUUGAGAUUACCUUUCAGAUGUGUAACUUUUUCAUCGGCGUCUUUGUGUUCUCCAGUUUGAUUGGACAGAUGAGAGACGUCAUCGGAGCAGCAACAGCAGGUAAGACAUAUUACCGGGCCUCGAUGGACGGCUGUGUUGACUACAUGAACACCUACACGAUCCCCAAGGAGGUGCAGAACAGAGUCCGGACCUGGUACAACUACACCUGGGCAGCUCAGGGCAUGCUGGAUGAGUCUGAGCUGCUGGACAAGAUGCCUCUGGUGAUGAGAACUGCCAUCGCUGUCGACAUCAACCUGACAACCUUCCAGAAGAUCGCCCUGUUUCAGGGCUGCGAUCAGCAGAUGUUGGUGGACAUGUUGUUGAGGCUCAAGUCUAUCGUCUAUUUACCCGGAGACUUUGUUGUGAAGAAAGGGGACAUCGGUAAAGAGAUGUACAUCAUCAAAAGUGGAGCGGUGCAGGUGGUGGGAGGCCCCGACAACAGUAUCGUGUUUGUCACUCUGAAGGCUGGAUGUGUGUUUGGAGAAAUCAGUUUACUACAGUCUGCCAAAGAUGGAGGAAACAGGCGCACAGCUAACGUGAAAGCGCACGGCUUUGCUAACCUUUUUGUCCUGGAGAAGAAAGACUUGUUUGAUAUCCUCAUCCACUACCCAGAGUCUCAGAAAGUGUUGGCCAGGAAGGGCAAGCAACUGACCAAAGCCAAAGGACCUGCAGGUGCCAAAGGACCUGCGGGUGCCAAGGAGGACAAGCCGAAAGGUGGCUUUGCGUUUGCAACAAAACCAGAAACACCCAAGCUAAUGAAACUCUUUGCCAAAUUACGCAAAGGAAAUGUGGCCAAGACAUAAGAGUGGGAUGUGUGACGCUGCUGAGCUCUACCUCUUCAAAUCUGUCGUCAUCAUUUUGUAUAUUUCACUUUCACUGGCUUCUGUAAUUAUAAUCUAAUCAC